AUGAAGAUUCUACUGGAUGCCAGCAGUAUAUAUCAGGUUAAGGACGACUCCUCUGGUGUCAGCUUUGUUAACCCGAAAGAGGAUAAGUGGACGCUUCGUGACAUCCUGUACUAUCACAUCAUUGAGCGGCCUCGCGAAAAACCCGCUGUAACUGAGCGCUCGUUCACCAACAGCCACGGCUACCAGUUCUUCGAUCUAGCACCAUUGCUAGAAGACUCAUACGACAAUCAUGAUGACGAUGAUGAUGGAAGCUAUGUGGAACAGGCAGAUGGAGAGGAUCAGGCUGAGGACAUUGAGAACCACGAAGAGAGACUUCGCAUUCGAUAUCUGCUUCUUAGUCGGAUACUCUUGUCAGAGCAGUCGUGGCCAUUGGGGUCGUUGUACGGCUUUUUUCGUUAUUUCCCGCCAUCCUUCUCUAUUUUCUGCAUUCCGCACGAACCAGAAUUAACUACGACACAAAAACCGCUUACAGAUCAAGAUGUGAAGGAAGCUGUACCUGAAACUUCUUUAAAUAGAAGAAAAAGACAAGCGGAAAUGGAGUCGGCUCCCGACGCACCAAGCUAUACAUCAGAUGUUGACAGCAAAGCAGCCUACAUACAGCCGAAUACGUAUGGAAUGAAUCUCAAUGGUGACCAAGGAUAUGUUUGGAACAAUUUGAACAAUUCGCCAACAUACUACGAGCUCGGAUCGUCUAACGGAAAACGUAAUGAGGGAUCAUCCGGUCCACAAAGUCAAGAAAACUCGCCACCGUCUAGUGAAAACGCCUACAUUCCCCUCGCUAUACCAAACGAAUCAGAAAGCUCUGAAGAUAUAUACAUUAUUACUAACAGACCUAGCGCGCAGCCGUUAGAAACUGUACCAGAGACAAAUCCUGAGCUUAGUAAUGAAAGUCCAGAACCAAUUAAUGAAAAUCCAGGACCGAUUAAUGACAAUCUAGGACCGAUUAAUGAUAAUCCAGAACUAAUAAAUGAAAAUCCAGAAUCUAGUGACAGUGAAGCAUAUUACCCCGUUGAACCAAUCAUAGGUGACGAUAAUUCAAACCUCAAACCAGAAAACGAAGGUUUUACUAAUGGACCUUACGAAAACCCAGAACCUAUUCCAGUACAGCCAGGAACUGCUGAACCAAGUGUUCCACAACCUGAAGCGAUUGAGUACCCAAUAAGUGAAAAUACUGUUAAGGAAUCGAGUGAAAGUGAAAAUACUGGAUACGGGCAACUGGGGAAAACUAAGAUAGAUAGUUCGACUGAAGAAAGUUCCGAAGGAGACCGAUUUAAGGACAUACCAGUGGCCCCUACACUUCCGCCUCUGAACUACGAGGGCCUGCCCGACUACAUCAGAGAUGCCAUUUCAUCUUCGGAAAAACCGGCGUCCUACGAACAGACCGACAACCCCUACACCAACCCCCAACCGAACCCGGACGACAAACAAGUCCUGCAAAACCAGAUGGAGGGCAUAUUCGCUACCAUGCGGCCAGUAGAAGACAUUCCUAAGACGUAUGGCAUGAAUCUCACUUCAGAGAGCGGCCAUGUUUGGAACGACAUGGUGAACCCACCAGUUUCGCAUAACGUUGGUUCACCAAGGAAAUCGGUAGAGGAACACAAAGAACAGCCUCCAGCGCCAGUGUCCGAGCAACCAGAAAUUCAGGAACCAGAAAAAGAGCCUCUGCCUAAUCCAGAAGUUCCAAACCAAGAACCAGAGACACACGAGAGCGAAGAAGAUAAGCCCAUUCAAGAGCUCGCUGAACCAGAGAAAGAACCAGAAGAACCUUUUGCUAACCCUAGCGAGGAAAACCAUGAACCUCCAGCUCCAGAAAAUGAGAAACCAAUUGAAGAACCGGCUGAACCGACACGACCCUUAGAACCUGAAGCUGAAUCUGAAAAUCCUGAGGUUCAGGAACCAGGUAACGAAGAACCAGAAAAUCCUGAACCUGUACCUGAAUCAGGAAACGAAGAACCAGAAAAUCCUGAACCUGUACCUGAACCAGGAAACGAACCAGAAAAUCCUGAACCUGUAUCUGAACCAGGAAACGAGGCAGAAAAUCCUGAACCUGAACCAGGAAACGAAGAACCAGAAAAUCCUGAACCUGCACUUGAACCAGGAAACGAGCCUGAAAAUCCUGAACCUGAACCAGGAAACGAAGAACCAGAAAAUCCUGAACCUGCACCUGAACCAGGAUACGAGCCAGAAAAUCCUGAACCUGUACCUGAACCAGCAAACGAGCUAGAAAAUCCUGAACCUGUAUCUGAACCAGGAAACGAGCCAGAAAAUCCUGAACCUGAACCAGGAAACGAAGAACCAGAAAAUCCUGAACCUGCACCUGAACCAGAAUACGAGCCAGAAAAUCCUGAACCUGCACUUGAAGCAGUAAACGAGCCAGAAAAUCCUGAACCUGUACCUGAACCAGGAAACGAAGUACCCGAAAAUCCUGAACCUGUACCUGAACCAGGAAGCGAGCCAGAAAAUCCUGAACCUGUACCUGAACCAGAAAACGAAGAACCCGAAAAUCCUGAACCUGUACCUGAACCAGGAGGCGAGCCAGAAAAUCCUGAACCUGUACCUGAACCAGGAAACGAGCCAGAAAAUCCUGAACCUGUACCUGAACCAGAUAGCGAAGAACCAGAAAAUCCUGAACCUAUACCUGAACCAGGAAACGAGCCAGAAAAUACUGAACCUGUACCUGAACCAGAUAGCGAAGAACCAGAAAAUCCUGAACCUAUACCUGAACCAGAAAAUCCUGAAUUGGUACCAGAGCCAGGAAACGAAGACACGGAACAAACCAGCGAAGAGCCCGCUGAAGAAUCGAAUGAAGAAAAAGAUAAACCGGAUAUUAUGAGCAAACUGCUUAAGAGCGAACAAUUCUGGAAAUGGCUAGGAGAAUGGACCGCGACAUACAUGGAACUUUUAGAGAAGCAUAUAAGGAUAAUAGCAAUCCAAGAAAUAUGCAACCGCGAGAAAUCUGGUGAACAAAUGUGCCUCCUGGACGACCAACCUGAAAAUAAUGAUGAUGGAGUCAUAAUCAAAGAUAGAAAGAUCAUUGUAGACGGUAAAGAAAUAGAUAUAACACACACGGACAACUUAGACAAAGAUCUGAAGAGAGGUCAUCAAAACAAUAAAGGGGAUAGUGAUAAGAAAAAUAAAAAUGAAAAUAAGAUAGAAGCAUCGACAAUCUACGGUAAUUCAGUAGGAAAUGAGAAAGUAACAAAUGUGUUUAUAUUUACGACUGACCUAGCUGAUGAGGUUAUAGAUAAUUUAAAACCAGCAGAUGAAUCUGAAGUUGAUUUCCUAAUCGACGAUAGGAUAAAGGAAGAAAAUAAGGAGAAAUCCUCUGAAGAUGAGACUAACCAAUCAGAAUCAUUAGGAAAUAAUGAACCUAACACGAGUGAAGUCAAUGAGGAAGGAGUUGAUAAUGAAGAAACAUAUGAAGGUGAGGUUAAUAAGGAAGAACCGAACGAAGAGGGUGAAUCAAUUAAAGAAGUUAUCAAAGAAAGUGAUAACGAAGAAUUAAACAAAAACGAAUUAAAUGAAGGCGAAAAUGACAUAGAAGAGUUAAAUAAAGAUGCAAAUGAACCUAAUAAAGAAAAACCCGCGAGUAGCACCGAAGAAUCAGAACGUGAAGAUGAUUCAAAGCUAGAAGAGAGUGAAAGAGAAUUAAAUUAG